CGUUUCUCGUUUUUGACAUUUUAUCUGUCAAUGUGCCAGACUGAUCGGAAAACAGCAGCAUCAUUGCGAAUUUUGAUUUAUACAUCGGAACAGUUUUGUGAAUCUUGUGAAUUUGCUUUAAAAAUGGAGGCUUCAAUUAAAGUGGCUCCCCAGAUGCCUAGCACCUUCAAAGAAUUUGCCGGUCAUGUUGCUCCACUAGACGAAAGCUGUGCUGCCCAGCUUCAAACCGUACAUCCUUUGAAGCAGUCGGAACUGAACUACGAACAACACCGGCAGAACUUGAACUUCCAAAUGCUCCGCAAUCGCGAAGGUCUGGCCGCCCCCUUGAAGCUUACCAUGGAGUUGAAAUCGGUGUCCCGCGUGGGCCAUAUGCCGUUCCUGCCGUCCACCAAUGUGGCGCGGGAUGUCCUCACUGGACGGGACGAGCUGGUCGACUUUACCGAUCUGUUCAACAACGAGGAAAACUCGGAAUUCAUGCGACAGCCGCAUGCCGUGAUGGAGAAAACUCUCGGCAUUUUGUAGACAGUGUUUUUUUUUUUCUAACUAGGGAACAUUCGUUAUAAACAAAAAUCGAAAUAAAUCAUUAACUGGUAAAAUAUAACA